AAGGAUAUUUGUGGGCAGGAAAAGGGCAGCGCACGUAAGGAACAAUAUAUUCUAAUGAUGUUGCGGGUUCUACUCGUCUACUUUUGCUUAGUUGGAUCCAGUUUAGCAGACUGGUAUUCGUCAAUUGGACUUAUGGAAGAAUUGCUUCACAGAGAACUCGAUCUGUUAUCAUACGUUAAAGAAUACAUCUCGGAAGAGGAGCGGAAACUUUCCCAAGUCAAAUCUGUGGUGGAUGGCGUGUCGGGAGAAGUCGGAGAAGCUCUCACUGACGUGGAAGAAUACUUAGGACACCCCGUUAAUCAGUACGCUCUGCUGAAAAGAUUGAAUCUUGAAUUCGAAAUGAUGGAUCAACUAACGGAAAAGAAUGACGCAAUCCUAGAGCAAGUUUUGGAGGCGCGGGAUGAAUUUCCUAAUGAAAAUGAUUUAAAAGGAAGCGCAAAAGCUAUUUUGCGACUGCAGAAAACAUACAAACUUGAUGCCAAUCAAAUUGCUGCGGGCGUAAUCAAAGAUUCCUACUCGGGAAGAUCGUUAUCGGCUGAUGAUUGUUAUAAGAUAGGAUUGGUUGCGUGUGGUAACAAAGACUAUCAAUACUGCGCGUCUUGGCUAGAGGAAGCAUACACAAGAAUAAUGGGCGGUGAUGCGAGCUGCGAAUGGUCCAUAGUUCUACGUUAUUUGGCAAGUGCGUAUCACGAAUUGGGGAAAUUCGACGAUGCAGUUGUAAUAUUUGCGGAAGUAACGAAGCAUAAACCAAAUGAUAUCGCGAUUCGUGCAAACUAUGAAUACUACAAAGAUCUAUCAGAACAGGCCAAUACAAAUGCAAAGGAUUUUGAUGACGUCGAAAUGGAAGAACAAGACGAAGGGCUGAAUUUGUACGAGAGGCUGUGCCGAGAGGGUGGCGAUGACUUACCAAAACAUGUCCAAAAGCAGCUUAAAUGUUAUUAUUGGAAUAAUAACAAUCCUUACUUACGACUUCAGCGUUUGAAAAUGGAAGAGUUAUGGAAUUCACCCCAUAUUGUGCGGUUUUAUGACAUCAUUUUUGAUAAAGAAAUCGAAGUUAUAAAAAAUCUAUCGAAACCAAAUCUUGACCGCGCUACUGUGCAUAACCCAUCAACAGGGGCGCUUGAAAACGUGGAGUAUCGGGUUAGCAAAACUGCGUGGUUGGAAGAUUCCGAUCAUGAAAUAGUGCGGAGGGUAUCGGAACGAAUCUCCAUGGUUACCGGGUUGUCAAUGACAACAUCAGAGUCACUACAAAUAUCAAAUUAUGGUGUUGGAGGACAAUAUGAGCCUCACACCGAUUUUUCUCUGAGAAAGAAGAAAAGUAGUAUAGAGAACAAAUUGGGGCAUCGCAUGGCAACUGUGCUUUUUUAUUUAAGUAAUGUUGAGCAAGGCGGCGCGACGGUUUUCUUGGAUGCAAAAAUUGCCGUUUAUCCGAUCAAAGGAAGCGCCGUGUUUUGGUACAACUUAUACCCAUCUGGUGAAGGAGAUGGCAGAACUGUUCAUGCUGCUUGCCCUGUUUUAACCGGGGUGAAAUGGGUCGCAAAUAAGUGGAUUCAUGAAUACGAACAAGAGCUUAGAAGGCCAUGCAAAUUAGAUGAAAACGCUGAUAAUCGUAUUUUUUAACCUCCAUUUAUGGUUAUAAAUUGAAAAACACAGUCGCAUAAAUGAAAUUAGGAAAUUGGUGUUAUUACUGUCAUACGACGCGUAUUUUUUCGUAAGUUUCUUGUCCCACUCGCUAUGCUUACGUUUUUUCAUAUUCAUGCCUGGAUUCGAACCUCGAGUGUGUAACAUACAAUGCAAACAGGGUUGAAUCUGACGUUUCAACCGCCAGGUAUCGUGCGAAGUGGCGUCACAAUAUUGCGUUGUGUUGUAUAUUUUAGUAAUACUAUUUUGCCUACUCAACGUUACUGUUAAUGUUGUUGUGUUGAAAGCGAUCGCAGAAGAGUAUUUCAAAUGAAAUUGUUCAGAAGUAAGAGCGUAGCCAGCCCCAAAUUUUGGAGGAGCCACAUUUUGUUUUGUAUAAUAACGGGUACUCCCGAAGUAUGUGAACAAAGAUGGCGGACACCGGAACGUAUUAUGUGUACCAGAUUAGGGUUAUACCAUAACUUUGUUCUAAUUUUCUUAUUUUAGUUCUAUAACGAGUUAGGGGACUAGCCAAGUGACUUCGGUAGUAUUUGUACCUGAAAUUAUGGCCUAACCCCAACCUGGUACACAUACUACGUUCCGGUGUCCGCAAUCGUGGUGUACAUAUUCCGGGAGUAUCUACCUAAUAACGUAAUACGACGCUCACUCGGUUGGUCUAUUUGGUAUAAGUAUUUUUAGUUGUAAGCAGGGAAUAGUCAAUUUUCAUUAAAUCGUUUUCAAGAAUAGAGUGGUGUUGGAAAAGGCUUAUGAAUUUAUGUCUUACCGCAAAUGCUACUAGGCUACACCUACGUUCAAAAUCUGUAUGUGAAUUUCAAAGGCGCUCCCGAAAUAUGUGCACCAAGAUGGCGCACAACCUGAGCCCUGACCUGGUACACAUACUGUGUUCAGGUUGUGCGUCAUCUUGGUGCACAUACUUCUGGAGGGCCAUGUCGAAUGCGUAUGUUUUCACUUUGAACACUUUGCGUUUCUCACUUUAUAAUGCUUUUUCAGUUAACUGGUUAUUUUAUAUUAUAUACUCAAAAUUAUACUCUGGGAAAUAAAAAAAAUUAAAUAUA